CUACACAGACUGGCCCUUUUAAAAGUUUGACAGCUUCUUCAGUCAGCUGACUUUGACAGGAGACCUUGAAGCAACAGCUUCCUUUUCUUUUUAAUUAUUUUACUCUUGGAGAAGCUUUUUCUCCGCCAUAGCCCUCUCGUCUUUUUUCUGUGGAUCUGAUGGACCUGUCUGACCUUCCCUUCCCUCUCUCCUCUGCUGAUGACCUCUACAAUGACCCCUGCUUCAGCGCCUGUGACAUGAACUUCUUUGACGAGCUGGACACCCAGCUGACGCACGUGGGCCUGCUGAAGUCAGAAGACCAUCUUCAUCACCACCACCACCAUGUCCCCAUCGCAGAGGAGGAGGAUGAACAGCACGUGAGGGCUCCCAGGGGCCUCCACCAGGCAGGGCACUGCCUAUUAUGGGCCUGCAAGGCCUGCAAGAGGAAGACGACACAUGUAGACAGAAGGAAAGCAGCAACAAUAAGAGAAAGGCGUCGGCUUAGUAAGGUCAAUGACGCUUUUGAGACCCUGAAACGCUGCACAGCCUCCAACCCAAACCAGCGACUGCCCAAAGUGGAGAUCCUGCGCAAUGCAAUCAGUUACAUUGAGUCACUACAGGAGCUGCUGAGGGCUGACCGAGACGAUGGCUUCUACCCACCACCAGAACACUACAGCAGGGACUCCUGCAGCCCCAGGUCCAACUGCUCUGAUAGCACGAUGGAUUUCAUUUCUCUGUGUUCAAUCAGAAGUGAGAACAGUGACAGCGGCCAGACAGCAGACGAUCAGCCUCAUACAUCGUACAGCGGAUUAGCACAGACCAGGAUAUGGCCGCCCAGGGAGACAGUGUGGUCCCCCAGGGACCUGGAUCACCUCAUAACAGCCCUGCUGUCUCCAGUCAAACUGCAACUGAACCAAACUGAAUCUCUGAGCCGCUCUGAACUUGACGGAGCUGAAGACUCAAACUCCACAAAAGGACAAACCAUUUGUAUGGAGGAGAUGCAGGUGACCUUGUGAAAGAAAAUAUUAAAUGCUACUGUCUCCCACUGUAGUUAACAGAAAUUGGGAGAGAUGAGAUCAUUCUCCUGACAUUUCAGUUCUUAUUUCUGGCAGUUCAGUUUUCAGCCACAUGGGUGAACGAUGCUGCAGAAACAAAUACCCUGUAAAGAACCAAAGAAAGAGGAGAGGGAUCUCUGCUGCAGACAUAAGGACCAAGGACAAUUUUGUACAUCAGUAAAUAAGAGCUGCUUGUUUAUAGUGUACACACACACUUAAACAUACAAACACAAGGAGUGCUGGGAUUGUUGUGUCAUAUUUAUCAUUUUUGAGUGAAUGACAUUUUAAUAAAAAAUAUUUAUAUUCUGA